AUGGCCGAAAACGCCUCGAAACACACUCACAACAAAGAUAACCCGCCCGCAAAUCCGACCAUGGCCUCAGAAGUUGCCAUUCCCGUCCCCGACGCCGCCCAGCUGGUCCACCAAAUUUUGUUGCAGAUCCGCGCAGCGAUCCUGGAAUAUCAGAACCUCGAGGCUCUAGGAGACCGGUAUGAAGACAAGAUCGAGGUGGUGACCAAACCCAAGUCCGACCUGCUGUUUCUUUUGGCUCCACUGGUGCGAACCAAACUAUCCUUUGGUGCCUCUUCAGGCGCCUCUUCCAAACGAUCUUCUUUUCUGUGCGACAAUGGAGACGUGCCAGGUGACUACAUCGACAGCUACCCACCGUGGCUGGACGACCUGACAUGGGGCGUGUCAUCCGAGAACCCAGAAACUGACAUCAUCACCCAAGUGGUGCGUGUGGCAAGACAGUUCCGGUUCUCACUGGUGCAACAUGGAUUUGUGAGACUCGACCCCGAGAGUCUAUAUGCCAGAUGUCUUGUUCAGAACCUGGGAAACAAGGAGCAGAUUGAAAUCCGAUUUGUGUGGGUCCCCGAAGAGAAGAAAUGGCUCUUGCAUGACUUCCUUCUUGCGCCCCAGGGUGGAGAACGAACCAUGGGAUACGACUCGGUCUCUGAGGCCGAGGAACGGUUCUCGACGUCUCAAUCUGUGCCCUCGCCGCCGCAGAGCACGCAUACAAAGGCAGAGCAAACCACAAAGAGUCCUAACGCCUCUUCCAGCUCAGAUGACGAUUACUGGAAUAUGUAUGGCCAGGAGGAGGAAGAGGAGGACGACGAGGGAAAAGGCGCCAUUGUAGACGCUAUGGACAUUGACGACAUUAAUGCAUUUGCGGAUCAGACAACUAUCAAGGGGGUGGCCAUUCCAAAACUGGACACUGACAACAAAACUGUCACCGGUGAUGACGGAGGGGAAGACGAUUACUAUGCAGCUUACGACAAGGUGGAGACAGCGGUUGGUGGCGACGAGCCCGUGAUUAAAGAUACCCCCACCGAGGCUCAUGUGGUUGAGUCGAUUCGGUCGCUCAAAAGACUCUGUGAAGGCUCUGGCAUUUCGCAGAGCAGAUUUGCCGAGCUUGUCAAAAGAGGACUCACGGAAGAUUGA